AUGGCAAAUUGGUUCCAACGAACCUUUCUUGCUAAUAGACCGGCUGGUUCUAGAUUGGCUAAUUUAGAAACGAGUUUUAAUCCCAAAUUAAGCAUACGGAAACUAAAGAAUUACCAUGCUUCAGCCACAGAUAUAUGUCAUUAUGGGUUUUUAGGGAGUAUAAUGUUUUUCUCAUUUGUUGUAAAUCCUGCACCAUGGAUAUUCAAGAUACUCUUCUAUUCCCUUUUGCUGCUACUAUUUGUGAUUCCAGCCACAGGUCAAUUUUUCUUUAAUGCUCUACCUAUUUUUGCAUGGUUGUCAUUAUACUUCACAUCGUCAUCUUUUGACGCUUCCUACAGGCCUCCGAUCACCGUUAAAGUUUUACCAGCAAUCGAAACUAUUCUUUAUGGUGAUAAUUUGAGUGAUAUUCUCGCCACUUCAACAAACAAACCAUUAGAUAUUGUCGCUUGGUUACCAUAUGGGAUUUUCCAUUUUGGUGCACCAUUUGUUGUGGCUGCCAUUUUAUUCAUUUGUGGGCCUCCAACCAUCUUAAGAGGAUAUGCGUUUGCAUUCGGAUACAUGAACUUGUUUGGGGUGAUGACUCAAAACUUGUUUCCAGCUGCUCCACCAUGGUAUAAGAUUUUGAAUGGAUUAUCUCCAGCAAAUUACAGUAUGCAUGGAUCACCUGGUGGUUUAGGAAGAAUCGACGAAUAUUUCGGAAUUAAUUUGUAUACAAAAGGGUUUACGAAUUCAGCAGUCAUCUUCGGAGCGUUUCCAUCAUUGCAUUCGGGUUGUGCCACAAUGGAAGCCCUGUUUUUCUCAUACGUUUUCCCUAAAUUGACGCCGUUGUUCGUUUUCUACGUUUGCUGGUUAUGGUGGUCAACCAUGUAUUUGACACAUCACUACUUCGUAGAUCUAAUGGCAGGUUCUGUCUUAUCAUACGUUAUUUUCCAAUACACCAAAUAUUUCCAUUUACCAUUAACUGAAAAGGGUGUUUACUCGAGGUGGACGUAUGCCGAAAUUCCCAAAUUCAACAUUUGGCAAACGGAUCCAUUAUACGGUGCCAGAAGCGAUGUGGAAAAUGUCCCAUUAUCGGUAUUGGAAACCGAUUUCGAAUUAAAUUCAAUGGAAAAUUCAAACAAUUCAAACUCAAACUCGCCAUCUAUUUUCGAUGAAUCCUCGCCAAGAUCGGUAUCGCGUUCUUCUCUUACGUCUACUGACAAUCUAGAACAGGAUCUACCGUUGAGGACCUCGACUGCCAAACCAAACAAACAACGAUUUGAUUGA